AUGGCUCCUCUUCCCAUCAAGUUUACAGAGUUGCUACAGUUAACAAAUGUCGAAAUCGAGCCAUCUUCAAUUGGCUUCAACUCAUGUACUCUAGAAUCAGACCACUACAUUUGUGUGCGACAAAAGGUCAACGAGACCGACAAACCCCAGGUCAUCAUCGUUGACCUCAAAAACAACAAUGAAGUGAUCCGACGCCCGAUCAACGCCGACAGUGCUAUUAUGCACUGGACGCGAAACGUCAUUGCACUCAAGGCCCAGUCACGAACCAUCCAGAUCUUUGAUCUUCAGGCUAAGCAAAAGCUCAAGUCUGCCUUGAUGAGUGAGGAUGUUGUCUACUGGAAAUGGUUCAGCGAGUCAAGCCUGGGUCUUGUCACAGAUACCGCUGUCUACCACUGGGACGUCUUUGACGCCAACCAGCCAAACCCAGUGAAGCAAUUUGAGCGACUUCCAAAUUUGAGCGGUUGCCAAAUCAUCAACUAUCGAGUCAACGACGAAGACAAAUGGAGCGUGGUGGUCGGUAUCAGCCAACAGCAAGGCCGUGUGGUCGGUUCGAUGCAGCUGUGGUCUCGGGAGCGCGGAAUUUCUCAGUCGAUAGAAGGUCAUGCCGCCACUUUCGCUUCCAUCAAGGUCGAAGGCUCGCCUCUAGAACACAAACUCUUCACUUUCGCCGUGCGAACAAGUACCGGCGCGAAGCUCCAGAUUGCAGAAAUCGACCACCAAGAACCUAACCCCCGCUUCCAAAAGAAGGCCAUCGAUGUCUUCUUUCCUGCCGAAGCCGUCAACGAUUUCCCCGUUGCCAUGCAAGUGUCCAACAAGUAUGACGUUGUUUACCUUGUUACCAAGUACGGUUUCAUCCACUUGUACGACCUGGAGACAGGCACUUGCAUCUUCAUGAACCGAAUCUCCAGCGAGACCAUUUUCACUACCGCCCCCGAUUCCGAUUCGGCGGGUCUCGUAGGUGUGAACCGCAAGGGACAAGUCCUGGCUGUCAGCUUGGAUGAAAACACCAUCAUCCCAUACCUCAUGGAGAACCCGGCUAUGUCUGGUCUCGCUGUGAAGCUUGCUUCCAAGGCAGGUCUGCCAGGAGCGGAUCACCUCUACCAACAGCAGUUUGAGAACUUGCUCGCUCAACAAAACUACUCCGAGGCAGCCAAGGUUGCGGCCAACUCUCCCCGUGGAUUCCUGCGUACCCCCGAAACCAUCAACCGCUUCAAGAAUGCCCCCCAGAGCGGCCAGCAAAUGUCUGUUAUUCUUCAGUACUUCGGUAUGCUUCUCGACAAGGGUACUCUGAACCGAUACGAGAGUUUGGAGCUCGUGCGCCCUGUGCUCCAGCAAAACAGGAAGCACCUGCUGGAAAAGUGGAUGCGUGAGAACAAACUGGAGGCUUCCGAAGAACUUGGUGACCUUGUUCGUCCGCAUGACAUGAACCUGGCCCUGGAAAUUUACCUCAAGGCGAAUGUUCCUCACAAGGUAGUUGCAGGUUUUGCCGAGACGGGCCAAUUUGACAAGAUUCUGCCGUACUCAAAGCAAGCCAACUACCAGCCCGACUUUACCCAACUUCUUCAACAUAUUGUGCGCAUCAACCCCGAGAAAGGCGCUGAAUUCGCCACACAACUGGCAAGCGAAGAGACUGGUGCUCUUGUCGACCUCGACCGCGUCGUCGAUGUGUUCCUGUCCCAGAAUAUGAUCCAACAGGCCACUUCGUUCUUGCUGGAUGCUUUGAAAGACAACAAGCCCGACCAGGGUCACCUUCAAACGCGCUUGCUGGAGAUGAACCUUAUCAAUGCUCCUCAGGUUGCGGAUGCCAUUCUUGGCAACGAAAUCUUUACUCAUUUCGACAAGACUCGCAUUGCGCAGCUCUGCGAAAAUGCCGGACUCAUCCAGCGCGCUUUGGAAAACACUGAGGACCCCGCCGCCAUCAAGCGAAACAUUGUUCGCACUGAUAGUCUGAACGCUGAAUGGCUCAACAAGUACUUUGGUCGCCUCUCACAGGAGCAAGCUCUCGACUGCUUGGAUGAGAUGCUUAGCUUCAAUAUUCGCCAGAAUCUGCAAGCAGUUGUCCAAAUCGCGACCAAAUUUUCGGAUCUGCUGGGAGCUAACCGCCUCAUUGAUCUUUUCGAGAAAUACCGCACCGCCGAAGGUCUGUAUUACUACUUGGGAAGCAUUGUCAACCUCAGCGAGGACUCGGAGGUCCACUUCAAGUACAUUGAAGCUGCUACCACUAUGGGCCAGAUGACCGAGGUUGAGCGUAUUUGCCGCGAGAGCAACUACUACAACCCAGAGAAGGUCAAGAACUUUUUGAAGGAAGCCAAACUUACAGAACAGCUUCCGUUGAUCAUUGUCUGCGACCGAUACAACUUCAUUCACGACCUUGUCUUGUACCUUUACCGCAACCAGCAAUACAAGUCCAUCGAAGUUUACGUCCAGCGGGUCAAUCCUUCCCGCUCCCCAGCGGUCGUCGGUGGUCUGCUGGAUGUUGAUUGCGACGAGAGCAUCAUCAAGAACUUGCUGUCCAGCGUGGACCCUGCUCAGAUUCCUAUCGACGAACUUGUCCAAGAGGUGGAGUCCCGAAACCGUCUCAAGCUCCUUCUUCCUUUCUUGGAAUCCACCCUGGCAAGUGGCAACCAGCAGCAGGCAGUGUACAAUGCCCUGGCAAAGAUCUACAUCGACAGCAACAACAACCCAGAGAAAUUCUUGAAGGAGAAUGACAUGUACGAUACCUUGAUUGUUGGUAAAUACUGUGAAAAGCGAGAUCCAAACCUGGCCUACAUCGCUUACAGGAAGGGUCAAAAUGACUUGGAGCUUAUCAACAUCACCAAUGAGAAUGCCAUGUACCGCGCGCAGGCUCGUUACCUGCUCGAGCGGGCUGACACUGAAAUCUGGUCAUUUGUUCUCAAUGAUAACAACUUGCACCGUCGUUCCGUCGUUGACCAGGUGACUGCUACUGCUGUUCCCGAAUCUACCGAGCCCGACAAGGUGUCCAUCGCAGUCAAAGCCUUCUUGGAUGCUGACUUGCCAGCUGAAUUGAUCGACUUGCUUGAGAAAAUCAUUCUCGAGCCCUCUCCUUUCAGCGACAACAGCAGUUUGCAGAACCUUCUUAUGCUCACUGCUGCCAAGGCCGACAAGACUCGCUUGAUGGACUAUAUCCACAAGCUCUCUGAAUUCAACGCUGAUGAGAUUGCUCAAAUGUGUAUCUCCGUCGGUCUUUACGAGGAAGCAUUUGAAAUUUACAAGAAGGUCGACAACCACAGUGCUGCUACUGAUGUCUUGGUUGAGAACGUCGUCAGCAUCGACCGGGCUCAAGAAUACGCCGAGCGCGUUGAACUCCCAGAAGUCUGGAGCAAGGUUGCAAAGGCCCAAUUGGACGGUCUUCGCGUGACAGAUUCCAUUGAAUCGUACAUUCGCGCCAACGAUGCCUCCAACUACACCGAGGUCAUCGAGACUGCUACUCAUGCUGGCAAGGAUGAGGACCUCAUCAAGUACCUGAAGAUGGCCCGCAAGACUCUGCGCGAGCCUGUCAUUGACACCGCAGUUGCAUUCUCGUACGCUCGUCUCAACCAGCUUGCCGAACUCGAGGACUUUUUGCGUGCUACCAACGUCGCUGACAUUGAAACAUCGGGUGACAAGGCGUACGAAGAGGGAUUCCACGAGGCAGCCAAGAUCUUUUACACCAGCAUCUCCAACUGGGCCAAGCUUGCAACUACGCUUGUCCACCUCGAAGACUACCAGGCUGCGGUGGAGUGCGCACGUAAGGCAAACAGUGUCAAGGUCUGGAAGCAGGUCAACGAAGCAUGUGUCGACAAGAAGGAGUUCCGUCUCGCUCAAAUCUGUGGUCUCAACCUUAUUGUCCACGCCGAAGAGCUCCAGGACCUUGUUCGCCAGUAUGAGCGCAAUGGAUACUUUGAUGAGCUUAUUUCGCUCCUCGAAGCCGGCCUGGGCUUGGAACGUGCUCACAUGGGCAUGUUCACAGAGCUGGGCAUUGCUUUGUCCAAGUACCACCCUGACCGUGUUAUGGAGCACAUCAAACUGUUCUGGUCGCGUAUCAACAUUCCCAAGAUGAUUCGCGCCUGCGAAGAAGCCAACUUGUGGCCUGAGCUCGUAUUCUUAUACUGCCACUAUGACGAGUGGGACAAUGCUGCUCUGGCUAUGAUGGAGCGCGCCGCCGAGGCUUGGGAGCACCACUCUUUCAAGGACAUUGUUAUCAAGGUGGCCAACCUGGAAAUUUACUACCGUGCCCUCAACUUCUACCUCCAGGAACAGCCUUUGCUGCUCACUGAUCUUCUCCAGGUCUUGACUGCUCGUAUUGAUGUCAGCCGAGUCGUGCGCAUUUUCCAGGCGUCCGACAACAUUCCCCUCAUCAAGCCUUUCUUGCUGAGUGUCCAGGCUCAAAAUAAGCGUGCGGUCAACGAUGCCAUUAAUGACUUGCUCAUUGAGGAGGAAGAUCACAAGACGCUCAAGGACUCGGUCGAGAACUAUGACAACUACGACCCGGUAGACUUGGCCCAGCGCUUGGAGAAGCACGAUUUGGUCUUUUUCCGUCAAAUUGCCGCCAACAUUUACCGCAAGAACAAGCGGUGGGAGAAGUCUAUUGCUCUGUCCAAGCAAGACAAGCUUUUCAAGGACGCCAUCGAGACAGCUGCCAUCUCCGCCAAGGGCGAGGUUGUCGAAGAGUUGCUACGCUACUUUGUCGACAUCGGAAGCCGCGAAUGCUACGUUGGCAUGCUGUACGCAUGCUACGAUCUCAUCCGACCUGACGUUAUCCUAGAAAUCUCGUGGCGCCACGGCCUGAACGACUUCACGAUGCCCUACUUGAUCAACAUGUUGGCACGACAAACCGUGACGAUCGACCAGCUCAAGAAGGACAACGAAGAGCGCAAAGCACAAGAAAAGAGCGGCCACAAAGAAGACGACAACGCGCCUAUUCUAGGAUCGAGGUUGAUGCUUACACAAGGACCUGCAUCUACAGGCAGCCCUGUGCCUUUCCAACCCAACGGCAUCGCUCCACAGGUUACCGGAUUCCGGCAAUUUUAA